AUAGGUCUUCAGUGAAUUUAAGAUUACAUUUUGGGAAAUAGAUAUUUCUAUAGAAAAUGCCAUUUAUUUGCUUUGUUAAAGUAAAGACUUUGAUGGUACCGGGGAGCAAAUGUGUCUAUCCAAAAAGAAUGUGUUUAAUUUAAUUGAGAUUAUAUGUUAUAUGAAUUUCGUAGACAUUUUUUCAUUCAUGUUCAGUUAGAAUUUUGUUUUAAUCAUUUCUGGUUGGAAAUUUUUUUCCUUACAUUUCUUUUUUUUUUUUUUAAUGUUUUUAUUUAUUUUUGAGACAGAGAGAGAGCAUGAGUGGGGAAGGGGCAGAGAGAGAGGGAGACACAGAAUCUGAAACAGGCUCCAGGCUCUGAGCUGUCAGCACAGAGCCUGACGCGGGGCCCGAACUCACAGAGUGUGAGAUCAUGACCUGAGCUGAAGUCGGACACUUAACCAACUGAGCCACCCAGGCGCCCCUUCCUUACAUUUCUUUAUGCAUAGUUGGAGUAGAGGAAAAGCAUGGGCCAAGAAAGACUAGUUUUGAAUCCUAAACCUAUUGCUUACCAGAUCUGUGACUUUGCAGAAGUAAUUUAACAUCUCUGAGCUUUAGUUAGAGUUGGGAGGAUUUAAUGAAAUAUCUGAAGGUUAAAUGUGCUAUAGAAAAAUAGGAUAUAUGCAAUCGUGUUUAGCAUAGUUUUGGCACAUAAUAGGUGCUCAAUAAGUAUUUUUAUUAUUUUCUAGAAACCCAGAAUAACAGAAUGAUACUUUUUAGUCUUCGUUCUUUAAAAUGUUUGUUGGGGGCGCCUGGGUGACUCAACUGGGUAAGUGUCCGACUUCAGCUCAGGUCAUGAUCUCACAGUUCGUGAGUUCGAGUCCUAGGGCUGUUGCUGUCAGUACAGAGCCUGCUUCAGGUCCUCUGUUUCCCUCUCUCUGUCCCUCCCUGGUUUCUGUUCUCUUUCUCUCUCUCAAAAAUAAAAAAAUAUUAAAAAAAAAACUUUUUACAGUUCUUAAAAAAAUAAAUAAAAUGUUACACAAACAUCAUCAUAAACUAAAAAGAAUAUAAUCCACUCACAACACUUUAUUUACUUAUUCAUUAUUUACUUAUCUAUUUUUAAGUCAACGCUGUGCUCUGUGUGGGGCUUCAACUCAUGACCCCAAGACCAAGAGUCACAUGCUGCACAGACCGAGCCAGCCAGGUGCCCCCUCACCCACAGUUUUUAAUUCUAUAUUUUAAACAUAAAGCCUUUUGCAGUGCUUUAGCAGUGCUGUCCAUGGACCCCUGCCAGUCCCUGAGAUCAGGGGAUCUGUAAGGUCAAAACUAUUUUUAUAGUAGUGCUAAGACAUUAUUUGCUUUUUCCACUGUUUUGGAAUUUGUAUUGAUGGUGCAGACACAAUGAUGAGUGAAAUGAUGGGUCUCUUAGCCCAACACAAGGCAGAGGUACCAAACCGCACUGGGAGGCAUUCUCUGUUUAAAAAGGGAAAUGAAUUUUUCACUUAAGGAUGUCCUGAUGAAGCACUAUUUUAGUAAAUCUGAACCUUUGAGUGCACACUGCUUUAAUAUUCUGAAUGAGAAAAUAGGAAGUAUGCAUGAAAACACUUUCUGCUACAUACUGAAGUACCAGUAAUUGUCUGGAGUAAAAAACACUGGUGUGAUUGCUUGAAAUGUGAGUUCAAACUAGCUGCCUUUUUACUUGAAAGAAAAACUGCAGACUAAACUGUGGUUUAUUCAGACUUCACAUUUGGCAGAUAUUUCUUUAAAAAGCUAUGAAAUGAGUGAACCUGCCACUUCAGGAAAAACAGCUGGUAAUAUUUGUUACCAGUGAUAAUAAAUCUAGCUUUCAUGAUAAAAAAGGAAAUUUGGAAAACGUGUCUGCCAGCCUGACCUUGUCAGUUUCUUAGUAGUUGAAUGUCUCUGAUAAGAUUACUGAUAUUAACAAGUGUAAUUUUUUAAAAAUUGCAUAAUGAAAUGUGAACUUUGGAAAGUUUCUAGUACCCAGUGAAAACAUAUUUUGCAAAUGGGUGAGCCAUUCAAAGUGCGUGAUAGACCAGUGGAUUUCAGUAUACAAUGUGUAACAACAUUCAUUUGUUUUAUUUGUUUUAAUAUAUUUCUUUAUUUUUAAGAGAGACAGAGUGUGAGAGGGGGAGGUGCAGAGAGAGAGGGAGACACAGAAUCUGAAACAGGCUCCAGGCUCUGAGCUGUCAGCACAGAGCCCGCUGUGGGGCUCGAACUCAAAAACUGUGAGAUCAUGACCUGAGCCGAAGUUGGUCGCUUAACUGAUUGAGCCACCCAGGUGCCCAUCAUUUGAAAUUGUUUUAGAUUCCACCUUGCAAACUGACAUUUAAGCAAUGACUAUUUUUGGGAUGCCUGGCUGGCUCAGUAGAGCCAUGUGACUCAAUUUCAGGGUCCUGAUCUCUACCUUGGGUGUAAAGCUUACUUCUAAAUAAACAAACAAACAAAUAAAUAAGGAAAAAAAGACUAGUUCUUAAGUUUGGUGAUAGGUAUCAAAGAGGAACAUCCACCUUACUUGAAAAGAAUAUUAAAACACUCUUCCCCUUUCCAACAGUAUUAUGUGAACCGGGAAUUUUUUUUUUUUUUUAGUUGUGUAUUUUGAGAGAGAGCUCGCGUGCAUGCACACACAUACACGUGCGUGCACACACAGACACACACACACAUACGAGCGAGUAGGGGAGGAGCAGAGAGGAGAGAGAGAAUCCCAGGCUGACCCCGUGCUGUCCAUGCAGAGCGUGACACGAGGAUCGAUCUCAUGAGCUGCGAGAUCGUGCUUGAGCAGAAAUGAAGAGUUGGACGCUUAAUCGACUGAGCCACCCAGGCUCCCCAACCCGGGAUUUUUUAUAUAAUUCAAUCAAAUAAAUCGUAUCCUCGAUUAGAGAAGUGGAUGUGAAAAUCUAGUUGUCUUCUAAUAAGUCAGAUAUUAGAGAUGACCAAAAAUGUAAAAGCCUUUUUUCUCACUAAAUAUUUUAUUUUUGGAAAUGAUUAUGUUUCAAUAAUGUUAUUUACGUUAACAUGCAAUGAUUUUAUUGUUUUAAGUUGAAUUUAAAUAUUUUAAAGCUUUCUCAGUUUUACUUCCACUAUGAUAAAUACAGGUGUUAAACUUGUGUAAACAAAGGCCCUUUGAGGUCUUCUGUCAUUUUUAGAGUGUAAGAUUUUGAGUCUGAAAGUUGGAGCAGUGCUUCUCAUUUCCUUUUUUCUCACUUAGCUGUUAUCCAUAUGAAUACUUCAUUUUGGUUAGAAUAAUUAUAAACCAUAAUAUGAUUUCCUCGUCUUGCUAUUAAUAUAGUUACACCAAGUUGGCAUAAAUGUGGUAAUGAUAAGACGAGACUUUUUUUUCGAUGAAAACAUCUUUGGGUCUUAACUGAAAUUAAGUGAAAGGGCUAGAUUUAACCAGCAGUGUUGUUGGCAGUUUUUCCUUCCCUCCCUCCAGUCAUCCCCAUAUAGCUUUAGAGUAUGUUGUCUUUCGAACUAACCUUGCAGAAAGGUUUCCGUUGAAAACUGAUGGCUUUGUUUCUCUUUUGGUGUUUUCAGUUACAACUAAAUGUGUGUAUUAUGCUUGGAGUCUCUUCUGUGACCCUGUAUAAGUUAUUAGCUUGGAAGAUUAGGUAACGUAGAAGACUGUGAUUGGCUGUACCAUGAGAGCAACUUAGAAGAGUUCAUCUGUGCAAAGCACAGUGACCUAAAUCAGAUAUGUACUCACUGUCCCUGGAAUCUUCAAGGGACUUAACAGCAUUACGUUGUCAAAGACAAGGCAUUUAUACGUUACCAUGGAAAGAUUUCGCCUGGAGAAGAAGUUACCUGGUCCUGAUGAAGAAGCCGUUGUGGAUCUUGGCAAAACCAGCUCAACUGUGAACACCAAGUUUGAAAAAGAAGAACUAGAAAGUCAUCGAGCUGUUUAUAUUGGUGUUCACGUCCCGUUUAGUAAAGAGAGUCGUCGGCGUCACAGGCACCGGGGACACAAACAUCACCACCGGAGGAGAAAAGAUAAAGAAUCAGAUAAAGAAGAUGGACGGGAGUCUCCUUCCUAUGACACACCAUCCCAAAGAGUUCAGUUCAUUCUUGGCACUGAAGAUGAUGAUGAAGAGCACAUUCCGCAUGACCUCUUUACGGAAAUGGAUGAACUGUGUUACAGAGAUGGAGAAGAGUACGAAUGGAAAGAAACCGCCAGAUGGCUGAAAUUUGAAGAGGAUGUUGAAGAUGGCGGUGACCGGUGGAGUAAACCUUAUGUGGCAACUCUCUCUUUGCAUAGUCUUUUUGAACUCAGAAGUUGCAUCUUAAAUGGAACAGUCAUGCUGGAUAUGAGAGCAAGCACUCUAGAUGAAAUAGCAGAUAUGGUAUUGGACAACAUGAUAGCCUCUGGCCAACUGGAUGAGUCCAUAAGAGAAAAUGUCAGAGAAGCUCUUUUGAAGAGACAUCAUCAUCAGAAUGAGAAAAGAUUCACCAGUAGGAUUCCCCUUGUGCGAUCUUUUGCAGAUAUAGGCAAGAAACAUUCUGACCCUCACUUGCUUGAAAGGAAUGGGGAAGGCCUGUCAGCCUCCCGCCACUCUUUGCGAACAGGCCUGUCCGCCUCAAACCUUUCCCUGAGAGGAGAGUCGCCUUUCUCCCUUCUUCUCAGUCAUCUUCUUCCUUCUUCAAGAGCUGGAAGCCCUGCAGGCUCAAGGUGUCCAACCCCAGUACCCACCCCUCAGCACAGCCCUCCUUCCAGCCCUAGCGUCAGUCGCCCGACCUCCAGAAGUUCCCAGCAGAGUCAGCCUCAGGCCCCAGAGCUGCUGGUCUCACCUGCCAGUGAUGCUGUCCCCACAGUAGUAAUUCAUCCGCCCGAGGAAGACUCGGCAGCGCCCACAGGCCAGGAGCAGAAGGCUGAGGACAAUGUUGGCAUGACUCCAGGUGUUUUGGCCUCUCCACAGUCUGCACCUGGAAACUUGGAUAAUAGUAAAAGUGGAGAAAUUAAAGGUAAUGGAAGUGGAGGAAGCAGAGAAAAUAGUACCGUUGACUUCAGCAAGGUUGAUAUGAAUUUCAUGAGAAAAAUUCCUUCAGGAGCCGAGGCAUCCAAUGUUCUGGUGGGAGAAGUAGACUUUUUGGAAAGACCUAUAAUUGCAUUUGUGAGACUGGCCCCUGCUGUUCUCCUCUCGGGGUUGACUGAGGUCCCUGUUCCUACCAGGUUUUUGUUUCUGUUAUUGGGUCCAGCAGGCAAGGCACCACAGUACCAUGAAAUUGGAAGAUCAAUAGCCACUCUCAUGACAGAUGAGAUUUUUCAUGAUGUAGCCUAUAAAGCAAAAGACAGAAACGACCUCUUAUCUGGAAUUGAUGAAUUUUUAGAUCAAGUAACUGUCCUACCUCCAGGAGAGUGGGACCCUUCCAUACGCAUAGAGCCACCAAAAAGUGUUCCUUCUCAGGAAAAGAGGAAGAUUCCUGUAUUUCCCAAUGGAUCUGCCCCCAGCUCGGGUGAGACACCUAACGAGGCCGGUCAUCAUGCCGGGCCUGAGCUGCAAAGGACUGGACGGCUUUUUGGUGGUUUGAUACUUGACAUCAAAAGGAAAGCACCUUUUUUCUUGAGUGACUUCAAGGAUGCAUUAAGUCUACAGUGCCUGGCCUCGAUUCUUUUCCUAUACUGUGCCUGUAUGUCUCCUGUAAUCACUUUUGGAGGGCUGCUUGGAGAAGCUACAGAAGGCAGAAUAAGUGCAAUAGAGUCUCUUUUUGGAGCAUCAUUAACUGGGAUUGCCUAUUCGUUGUUUGCUGGGCAACCUCUAACAAUAUUGGGGAGCACAGGUCCAGUUUUAGUGUUUGAAAAAAUUUUAUUUAAGUUCUGCAGAGAUUAUCAGCUUUCCUAUCUGUCUUUAAGAACCAGUAUUGGUCUGUGGACUUCCUUCUUGUGCAUUGUUUUGGUUGCAACAGAUGCGAGCAGCCUUGUGUGCUAUAUCACUCGAUUUACAGAGGAGGCUUUUGCAGCUCUUAUUUGCAUCAUAUUCAUCUACGAGGCUUUGGAGAAGCUCUUCCACUUAGGAGAAAUAUAUGCAUUUAAUAUGCACAACAACUUAGAUAAACUGACCAGCUACUCAUGUGUAUGUGUUGAACCCUCCAACCCUAGCAAUGAAACCCUCAAGGUGUGGAAGGAAAAGAAUUUAACAGCACAUGAUAUUUCCUGGGAGAAUCUCACUGUUUCUGAAUGUAAAACCUUUCAUGGUGUGUUUGUAGGGUCAGCCUGUGGUCUUCAUGGACCUUAUAUUCCAGAUGUGCUCUUUUGGAGUGUCAUCUUAUUUUUCACAACAUUUUUUCUGUCUUCAUUCCUCAAGCAAUUUAAGACCAAGCGGUAUUUUCCUACCAAGGUGCGAUCGACAAUCAGUGACUUUGCUGUAUUUCUCACAAUAGUAAUAAUGGUUGCAAUUGACUACCUUGUAGGAGUUCCAUCUCCUAAACUUCAUGUUCCUGAAAAAUUUGAGCCUACUGAUCCAAGUAGGGGCUGGAUCAUAAGCCCGUUGGGAGAAAAUCCUUGGUGGACUUUGUUAAUAGCUGCUAUCCCAGCUCUGCUUUGUACCAUUCUCAUCUUUAUGGAUCAACAGAUUACAGCUGUCAUCAUAAACAGAAAGGAGCACAAAUUGAAGAAAGGAGCUGGCUAUCACCUUGAUUUGCUCAUGGUUGGUGUUAUGUUGGGCGUCUGCUCUAUCAUGGGACUUCCGUGGUUUGUGGCUGCAACAGUGUUGUCAAUAAGUCACGUCAACAGCUUAAAAGUUGAAUCUGAAUGUUCUGCUCCAGGGGAACAACCCAAGUUUUUGGGAAUUCGUGAACAGCGAGUUACAGGGCUAAUGAUUUUUAUUCUCAUGGGCCUGUCUGUGUUCAUGACUUCAGUGCUAAAGUUUAUUCCCAUGCCUGUCCUAUAUGGCGUUUUCCUUUACAUGGGAGUUUCCUCAUUAAAAGGAAUCCAGUUCUUUGACCGUAUAAAAUUAUUUGGAAUGCCUGCUAAGCAUCAGCCCGAUCUGAUAUACCUUCGCUACGUGCCUCUCUGGAAGGUCCAUAUCUUCACGGUCAUUCAGCUUACUUGUCUGGUUCUUUUGUGGGUGAUAAAAGCUUCAGCCGCUGCGGUAGUUUUUCCCAUGAUGGUUCUCGCAUUAGUUUUUGUACGCAAACUCAUGGAUCUGUGUUUCACAAAGAGAGAACUUAGUUGGCUUGAUGAUCUCAUGCCAGAAAGUAAGAAAAAGAAAGAAGAUGACAAAAAGAAAAAAGAGAAAGAGGAAGCUGAACGGAUGCUUCAAGCUGAUGACGACACUGUGCACCUUCCAUUUGAAGGAGGAAGUCUCUUACAGAUUCCGGUUAAAGCCCUGAAAUAUAGUGUUGAUCCCUCAGUUGUUAACAUAUCAGAUGAAAUGGCCAAAACUGCACAAUGGAAGGCACUUUCCAUGAAUACUGAGAAUGCCAAAGUAACCAGGCCUAACACGAGCCCUGAAAAGCCUGUCAGUGUGAAAAUAAAUUUUGAAGAUGAACCAACAAAGAAAUACAUGGAUGCUGAAACUUCAUUAUAGAAUUGAACCAAGAGGAACUAUAUAUAUAGCUAUACAGCUAUAUAUAUAUUUUAUUAUAUGUAUAUAUAUAAAAUGUGUGUAUUUCAUGUCACUAUAUAUAACAAUAUCGUAUGUCAUGCUAUUUAAUGCGUGACUACUGAGUUUUUGAGGUAGAGUCUGAAGUUUGCUAGGAACACCAUGGAGACUGUGUAUAUGAUGAAAUAGUCUUUUAGAAAUGAGGUACAUGGUUCUUAACUCUUCAAAUAUUUAUUUUGUUGGAAAAACAUUUUGUGUUCUGCGGUAGAAAGAUAUGGGGAAAUGCAUUCAAUCUGCUUUCCUUGAAAUCUCUUUGUCCAUCAGUGGUAAUUCAUACCAACCUUAAAUGACGUACUUUGUCCAUAUAUUUAUAAUUUUUACUUGAGUUACUAAAAAUUUUUGCAUAUUAUUUCACUUCUGUUCGUUCUUUAUGGGAAGAACAGGGAGUCUUUAUGCCAGUGUUGUGGGACAAAUGUAACAUGUCACGGCUUCUCUGCAUGUGUGUUUCAUUUAUGCAGAUAAUCUGUAUGUUUCAUAAGCAGUGGAGAUUUCUUGGCUAUAAAGGUGGAACAAUAGAAAUUUUCUAGCUAAGAACUAUAGUUUUGACAUUUAUGUGUUUAAAAUUUAUUUUAAAUCUUAAAACUCCACAUUUAGGUUUAUAUUCCAAUAGACAAGUAAAAUUGCAGGUGAUUUUAUAAUUUAACCUAUAGCAGUCAUAACUUUAUGGAUUUUAGAAGCUGUAAAAUGCAAAUUUAUAAUAGUUAAGCUUUGUUGCCUUUAUAGAAAUAUUUUCUGAAUCCUAAUGCUUUAUCAGAGCCCAGAAUGCCCACUCUGUUCUCUGCCUUUGCUGUCUUUUACUUAAAAUGUGGUUUAGUUUGUAUCAGGUUCAGGUCCUUGAUUAUUUUUCUAUUACAAGUAAUAUGAGGAAAUAAUCAGGAGUCAGAAUUCUCUUAAUGGGUUUAUGAUCAGUAUUACUUUAUUCUAAAGAAUUACCUUUCAUUUUCUUGUUUACGUUGUUAUUCUUUCUAUUGUAUAGAUACUAUUUAAUAGAUUGUUAUGUGAUUGCAUUUUAAAAUAUUUUAUUUAUUUUAAUUGAUAUACUUAAAUAUUAUAUAAACAUUUGAAAAGAUAACAAAUACAGAGUAAUUUAAAUUGUUAAUGUAAAUAGUUGGUGCUCACUUGCAUUUAUGGUUUAUUAUCUGAAAGCAGUUGACAGAUUUUACAUCUUUGAUAUAAAGCACUGCCAUAUUUGUAUUUUAAAAGGAAUUUAGACAUUUUAUGUAUAGCUCAGAUUGAUGGCAUUCUUUCUAGUUUGUGUUAGUAUUGUUGUUUUUGCUUUUCUGAGCUGCCUUUUUAACUUCUAGCACAUCUUUUUAGCCAUCUUUUAUAUACUCUUAGCUCUACAUGAAAUAAAUAAAUGUUGUUCUUGUUAA